GAUGGUAAACAUUUUUGUUUAUUUAUUUUUUUUCUUGUUUAUAUUUUAAUCAUUUGUUGAUUGUUUGGAAUUUGAUUUUCCAAUUGAUGUGACUCAAUUUUUUCCCAUUCUAAUUGUGAAGGUCAAUCGGUUACCCCUUUCACAAUGACCAGUUUCCUUUCUGAAUUAGAACAGGAUCCAUUUGAUCCGAAAGAGUUUGUUGAAAGGUUGGCCUGGAGAGCGACAAAGGAUAAAUUAGACUCGACAACCUUUGAUUCGCAAACUUUAUUUGAUGAAUUUGAAGGGAGAAUUCGUGAAUUAAAGGACAUGUAUGAGACUCAUGAAAAAAAAUGUGAACGUUUGGAAAUGGUUUGUAAAGAGGUUGAGAAAAGACAUUGGGUCAAAGUGGCAGAAUUACAGAAAAAGUGUAAACAUUGUUUCUAUUGUUUCCAAGAAUUGGAUGAGAAACUUGAUGCAGUCGCUGCUAAGGUUGUCUAUUUGGGCGAUCAAUUGGAGGGCGUCAAUACACCAAGAGCUCGGGCAGUUGAGGCUCAGAAUUUGAUGAAAGAAUUUUCAACCUUCUUCAAAGAUGAUAAUUCAUCUAACAGUGAAAUUGAUCCUUCUCAGUUGUUUGAGAAAGCUGAUGUUAUCGAGAAAUUGUACAAAAUAUCACAGAAAUUACCGAAUGGAGGUAAAUUUGAUGGAGCCAAGAAACGUAUCGAAGCAAAAUAUUAUCAAAUUGAGAAGGAUUUGAUUGAGGAGUUUUUCCAAGCUCAGGUUAAGGAUAAUAGGCCUCGAAUGAAGGAGAUUGCAACCAUUUUAUCACAAUUCAAGGGAUACAAUGAGUGUAAAGAUGCUUUCAUUGAGAAAAGUCAAGUGGGAAUAUUUCUUGGUGUUGGUAUUUUCAAUGAUAUUGUUCCACUUUGUGAGAAAUCACAGUUAAUCAUAUCGGAAGUUUUCGCCGAUCCUGACAGAGUAAUGGCGAAAUUUGUUCUCAACAUUUACCGUGGAAAAUUACAAGAAUAUAUUCACAAUCGUCUAAAUAAUGAUAAAGAUAUUCCGGAAGAGUUUUUAACAACUUUACACGAUCUUUAUUCUAAAACUGUGAAACUUUCCCAUCAAUUAGCAUCUUCUAAAAUAAUGGGUGUUGAUCUGGACUUUUUGAACACUUUGACACGAACGAUAUUUGAUUCUUACCUGGUUGCCUACAUUGAAACCGAGUUGAAAACUUACAAGAACAAAUGUGAAUUGAUCUUACAGCGUUUCUAUGAUUCUAAAAAUCAUCAGAAAAAACCAAUACCCAUUGGAAGUAUUCAAGAGUUGAAGAGAGAUUUACAAGCCAAGAUUGGCCGUGCAAAUAUCAAUUUAGGUUCCAUUGCCGGUGGAGGUGGUGGUGGAAGUGGUAACAGUGGUACCAAUCAAGAUUUCACCAGUGAAACUUUAUUAUCGGAAGAGGUUGCCAUCAAUUUGUUACAAGAAACAAAAUUAGCCCUUCAAAGAUGUCAAACAUUGUCAAAUCCAUCAAAUGCUGCCAACAAUGCAACCCAAAUAUUUGAGAUGCAACUUAAUUAUCUUUGUAUUGAGCAUAUUGAUUAUGCCCUUGAAAUGGGUCUUAAUGGUGUACCGACCUCCGAACCUAAAAGUCAACCUGAGCUUCAUUAUUUUGAAAUCGCUCGUCAAUGUAAUGCCAUUUGUCACCUUCUUGAGAAACAAUUGGUUGACAGUCUUAUUCCAUUGGUAAUGUCUACACCUAAACACGGUGAAUGUAUUAAACGUAAACGUGAAGUAUUGGAAGGGUUAGAGGUCAAGAUUAACAAUGGAUUAGAAAGAUCAAUUGGAGCCAUAAUCUCAUGGGUUAAAAUAGUUCUUAAUACGGAGCAGAAAAAGACCGACUUUAAACCGGAAACAGAAGAUAUUGGAAUGAUGCAAACACCGACAUGUGGUAAAGUUGUACGAUUUUUAAACGUUUGUAUUAGUAAGGCCAGAGAUUGUUUCGAUGGUAAAAAUGUGGAAGCGUUGAUGCUUGAAUUUGGAACAAGAUUUCAUCGAAUCGUCUAUGAGCAUCUCAUGCAAUUCCAAUACACUUCCUUAGGAGCCAUGAUUGCGAUUUGUGAUGUCAACGAAUAUCGUCGAUGUGCGUCCGCUUUUCGAAUGCCGUUAGUCAAUCAACUUUUCGAUACCCUCCACGCUCUUUGUAAUCUACUGGUUGUUGCCCCUGAGAACUUGAAGCAAGUUUGUAAUGGAGAAACAUUGUCUGGUCUGGAAAAAACAGUUCUAAUCAACUUUGUUGCUCUUCGGGCGGAUUAUAAAUCAGCCAAGCUGAUUAACCAAUUCAAGUGACAUCGUAAAGAUUGUUAAUCAUUAACACGAGCCCAAUGGACGGCAAAUUAAUUUAUACCUCGUUUUUUUUGGACAUUUUUUUACACUUAGGAAAUCACGUUACGUAUUUAAAUCAGUUGUUACUGUUGUUAAUAAACACUCGCUUAUAUUUAUAUAUAA